AUGAGCUUCGACGUUGAAUCCAUGCUGACCGCGCAAAAGGACAUCCAUGGUCGUAUCUCGCGGUCAGUAAUCAAUUUGAAGAAGAUGGACAAAAUCACGCCCACCGCUGUGGAGACUCGCUUGACCUUGCUCGACCAGUACUGGGCGAAAUUUGAGACUCAACACGAGCUCAUACGAGACUUCUACAAUGAAGAUUUUGAGAAAAGUGAGUACAAUGAGAGUCAACUCUUUGAUACCGCAGAGAACACUUACGUACUGCAACGGAGCGAGCUCCGUGAAUAUGCAAAGAGCUUCGCCGCUACUACGCCGAACCCCUCGCUCCCGAGGGAACCAGGGCAUGAGGUCACCUCCAAAACGUCUCUGCCCCGCCUAAAAAUUCGAUCGUUCUCGGGCAAGUUUGAAGACUGGCCAUCGUUCCGCGACAUUUUCUUGUCCAUCGUCGGGGACAAUCCAAAGGGCCCGCUGAAAAGUUGA